GUCAUGGCGGGUGGUGGGGGCUGUGGAGAUCGCGGGCAGCCGUGAGGAAUAACGUGACAUUGCAAACGGUUUAGCAUUAUUUGGUGCGGAUGUAAGAAGUUUUUAUUUUCAGAGUAUCUCAGGACAAGUCCUUCACACAGUCUCAGGCCCCAAGAAGUCAGCAGACCUAAUCACAUGAUUUGGAAAACUUCGAGUUAAUGCCACUCUGCACUGCCUGAAGCCAAUGGUGAAUCAGUAAGGACUUCAGCUGAAAUAAGUGUUUCCCUCCAGCGGUCCUGCCAAGCAGCACAGAGCGACCGAGAGAGCGAGCGAGAGAGCGAAAAAAAAAAAGAAACUUGUUCCGCUGAGUUCAACCCCAGACAGGCUCACAACUUCCUUCCUGCUUUCCUACCCCCUCCCUCCGCUCUCCUCCUUCUCUCGGCUCCUCUCCCUCUCCUCCUCCUUCUCCUGCUCUUCCCGCUGCUCCUGCUCUCCCCACCGUUCCGGCCGCACGACGAGAGGGCUCCGCGGACCUGGCCGCAGCGCGGAGCGGGGAACGCCGCUCUCCCGUCCCCGAGGGGCGAUAUAUCCGCGGGGAGCGCGGAGCUCCGACGGCGCAGCGCGCACCGCGCCCGCGGAGAUGGCUCCGGCAGCUCGCUGCGGCUGGCGGGGCGGCGCGCACUGAGGCGGGCGCAGAGCCUGCUCCAGGCAUCCCGUUUUAUGGAGCUGCGGACCAGAACCAGCCCAGCUCCCCUGCUGCUCCCUGGCGAUGCUGCUGAUCCUGGUGUGGAGAGAGCCCCGGCAGCCCCGCUGAGCCUGAGUGCCGAGGCGGCAGCCUGCCUGUGCGCCCCGGCUGACUACUAUGGCUGUGUACUGCUAUGCGCUCAAUAGCUUGGUGAUGAUGAAUAGCAGUAGUGAGGUGAAAAGCAGCGGGAGCAAGACACCACCUCCCUCCAGGCAAGCGCUGCCCAGGACCCCCGAGACAGCUGGCAGCUGCUGCCCGCUCCCUGCCUUCAGCCCAACCAUUGCGCCGCCCCGCUCCCCACGCCUCAGCUCCGCGUUCCUUUUCCCUCCACCUGAGGAGCCCCCUCCGCAGCUGGGCAGCCCUGGGGGCCGGCGGGGCAGUCGGGGAGGAGAUAGGCCACCAGGCUCCCCUGCGGCACGGCGCCUGCAGCGAGAGCUGCACAAUGUUCAGGUGAACCAGAAAGUGGGGCUCUUCGAGGCACACAUCCAGGCACACAGCUCUGGGGCCCACUCGCUGUGGAACCCCCUGCCAUCCUCUCCUCGGCCGUCUUCGCCCCAGCCAUCCUCACCUCGGCCAUCCUCGCCUCGGCCUUCUUCACCCCGGCCAUCCUCAUCCCGGCCUGCCAGCCCCACGGUGCCGAUGAUGGGGCUUGGCACAGGACCCUGGCCACGGGCCUAUGGGGAGAGCAAGAAUCCAGACGCUGGUAGGGCCCAGGAUCAGCCGAGCACUGCGGGCCUCGUGGUGAUGGAGGGGCAGGUGGUAGGGAUGGAGCCAUCAGAUCCCAGCCCGCAGCGAGGUGAGGUGGUGAUGGCCACCUCAGGACAGGAGGGCCAGUACCCAGUCAUUGGUGGUAGCAUCCCUGCCGUCAUCAUCACAGACCUGGGAGGCCCGGAGGAGGAGGCAGGAGCCGUGCCUCCCAGCAGCCUGCCUGUCCGGAAGCUGUCCUCAUCAUCAGCCUCUUCCACUGGCUUCUCAUCAUCCUGGGAAGAGUCUGAGGAGGACAUCUCCAGUGACCCUGAGCGCACCCUGGACCAGGCACCUGCCUUUCUGCAGACUCUGGACCAGCAGAAGCCCCGAGUGAGCAAGUCAUGGCGGAAGAUCAAGAACAUGGUGCACUGGUCCCCGUUUGUGAUGUCCUUCAAGAAGAAGUACCCCUGGAUCCAGCUUGCAGGACAUGCAGGUAGUUUCAAGGCAGCAGCCAAUGGCAGGAUACUGAAGAAGCACUGUGAAUCAGAGCAGCGCUGCCUUGACCGCCUGAUGAACGAUGUCCUGAAGCCCUACGUUCCUGCCUACCAUGGGGAUGUCAUGAAGGACGGGGAGCGAUACAACCAGAUGGAAGAUCUGCUAGCUGAAUUUGACUCCCCCUGCGUUAUGGACUGCAAGAUGGGGGUCAGAACUUAUUUGGAGGAAGAGCUGAUAAAGGCCCGGAAGAAGCCAAGCCUGAGGAAGGACAUGUACCAGAAGAUGAUCGAGGUGGACCCCGAUGCUCCCACCGAAGAGGAGAAUGUGCUGCGGGCAGUCACCAAGCCUCGCUACAUGCAGUGGAGGGAGACCAUCAGCUCCACUGCCACACUGGGCUUCAGGAUCGAGGGGAUAAAGAAGGAGGAUGGCACUGUGAACCGGGACUUCAAGAAGACGCGUACAAAGGAACAGGUCACUGAGGCCUUCAGGGAGUUCACAAGGGGGAACCACAACGUUCUGAACAGUUACCUGAACCGGUUGAAGGGGAUUCGUGCCACCCUGGAGACAUCUCCAUUCUUCAAGUGCCACGAGGUAAUAGGGAGCUCUCUCCUCUUCAUUCACGACAAAAAGGAACAAGCCAAAGUCUGGAUGAUCGACUUUGGGAAAACCACCCCGCUGCCCGAGGGACAAGUUCUCCAGCACAAUGUGCCCUGGGUGGAAGGGAACAGAGAGGAUGGCUACCUCUGGGGGCUGGACAACCUCAUCCAGAUCCUGACAGACUUGUCCCAGAGCGAGGACUUGCAUUAAAGCCUGCGUCCGACUCUUCCACUACCCAAACCUGCCCCCAACUGACUCUUCUGAACUGCACUACAAGACACUUUCCAACCCUUGUCCUUCCAAUUUUAAAUCUAUACUCUCCCUAUUUAAGGUGGUUUUGUUGUGGUUUUAUUAUUUUUUUAGGGUAUUUUUCCCCCCGCUACAUGUAAAUACAAAGCUAACCUGCCAGAACAAAUGCUGAACUUGAAACCUUGGCUUCACAGAGUCAGUGGCAGCCUGGGUGGGGCUGGUUAGAUGGGCAUGUGCUUUUGCCUUUUGUGCAGCUUGGUUUUCAGGGAACCUUCCUCCCAGCUGGCUGUGGAUCAGGGAUGCUGCAGCCAGGCUCUGUGGUGCUGAAGGGCCCUCCCUACUCCAGCUUCAGAGGCUUCAUCCCAAAAACACCUCUGCCUGGGACCCUCCCGUACACAGGGGGCAUGAGCAAGGCUUGGAGAUGGUGAAGGGUUUUUGGUGGGGGGUAUGCUGUAGCUGCCUUUGCCAGCACCUUUUGCCCUAGGAAACUGGCUGUGCUGAGUCCUUAGGAGUCACUAGGAAGGCAGGUUUGGGUUUUUCUCUUUGUGUUGGAGCCAUCCACUUAACUCUGUGGAGGCUGCUCCACCAUUGAUGAGUUACUGCAGGGCCAUGUGCUGGGUGCAGGGACCUAUCACGGCCAGGUGCAGACCUCAGCACACUUCUGAAUGCAGUGGCACGGGGGUGAUGCCACGAGUCCCUUGAUGGAGAUCCACCUCCAGCUUUCUCCAGUAAGCAUUUCCAACCCUCUGCAGGGAACAAAGACUUUGCUAGGGCUGCAGAGAGAAAAACAGCAUAGAGGAGACCACUGAAACCUAAGGCAGCCAACCAGGUUGGCUGCUCUUCUUCUGGUGCAUGCUAAGGGCUGUGCUGCUCUAAGGGAUGUGCUGCCAUAGGCGCCGUGCUGCCAGCACCUGCUCCUGGCCAGGACCUCACUCCUGCCUGCAGCACCUCCAGCAUUCCCUUAGGGCCAGUUUCGUGCCCAGCAGGCAGGGGCGAGGGGGUUAGAGGGACAAGCAGCGUUCAAGGUGCCAUUAUGGUCUCGAUCAGCAAAGCAGGGAGGGAGGCACCCCUGUGCCUUCCCUUUUUUUUUUUUUUUGCAAUGCUUGCAGGCUCUGCUCUCGGCAGAGAACUCCCCAGUCCGCGUCCGGCCUCCCUGCUCCGAGUCCUGUGAAAACAAGCAGUUCCCUAUUCAGGGUGGAGGCUAUUUUUUGACUUCCUGGAACAUUUGAACUAAGCAGCUUGCUCGCAUCAGCGCUGGCUCACUAAAGGUCAGCUAUUGACAGACGGCGGGGCUCAGCUGCAACCCCAGGCCCUGCUCAUCUCUCUGCAGGGCCGAUGCUCCGGGGCCGCCCCCUGGCACCGCUCCCUGCUGCAGGUCGGUUUCUGGCAGUGACAAUGGGGACCAGGCCAUCAAGCCAGUCACAGCCGUGCCCCGGCCUCUGUCCCUGGUAUUGAGGUCCUCAAGGUUUACUUCAGCCCGUAGCUCUCCGUUGGAAAUGGUCGCAGUGCUGUAGCUCUUUUUCAGGCUUUUGGGAGCAGCCCGUGCAGAAGUGCCUUACAGACUUGCCUCUGCUCCUUUGGUGUCACGGAAAAGGUUGGGUUGGUGGUUUGUUUGUGUUCUUUUUUUUAAGUUAUAUUUAUUUCAUCCCAUUUUAAUUGCACAAAACACUAAAACUUAAUGCAUGGAAUCCCUGUUGUUUUAACUGUCUUCUCAGUUUUUAAACAAUCCCUUUUCCAGCUUCGGAGAAAGGAUUUGAACAGAUAUGCUUAGAUAUGUACCAGUUAUCGCUGUACUUUAGCUCUGAGUUGCUCUUACAUAUAUAUAUAUAUAUUAAUUUUUAAGCCUGUUUAUAAACCAGAUCCCUCACUUGGUGGCUUCAGAAGAAGCAGACUGUUUCUCUCAGAUGCUGUUCCUGGAGGCCGGGAUGGUUGUUGUGAGCUGCUCCCCACCUCCCACCUCCCCUUUGGACCAUUGGGUAACUGCUCUGGAACACCAACGCACAGUGCCUGUACCAAACUCCUGUAACGUUCCCAAUAAAGGCCUAUGGGAAGCAG